GUGUGUGCGAUAACAUCAGAGCUAUAACGGUCGAGGUCGCGGUGUCGGAUUACUUUGAAGAACCAGACACUCAGGAAGCUCAACAACUGUUUGGAGAAAUUGUUACAACACUAAAGGUUCUACAGAAGCGUCCUGGACUUUCUGACGUCUUGCAGGUUAAAGUCGAAGGAUUCUGCUGAUCUCAACACACACAACAGAAAUACAGAAAUACUGAACCCAUCCCUGAUUCACCAUCUUCUAAACCUCGGACACUUCAGUCACUCAAAUUUAGAAAAUAUGAACUUGUUACUGACUUUUAAGGUGGAAGUCAACAUGUCAAGCAGAUGUAAAGUUAAAACAAAUACUCCAACGCAGUCGAGAUGGUCCUGAGUCAGGACUAAGCAAAACCUGGAUCCGUUCUUCACAGUCCCUUAUUCUGAGUAGUCUGAAUCCCUUAACUAAACCCUUUACACAAACUUUAUUUCAAUUCAGUGUGUCACAAACCCAUUUGUCUACCAAGUGUUUUUUGCACUGUAUAAAGUAAAUCCUUAAUUCUCUUUCAUUUCAAAACUAUAGAGGCACUGAAAGGGAAGAACAUGAUUUAUUACAUUAUUUUCAUCAGUGAAAAGGUUGUUUUUUUUCCUCUCGGAGCUUUUCUCUAAGUUAAAACAGGUGAAUUUGUUUUUUUCAAGAUUUUUAAUUAAAUUAAUUGAUAGUUUUAAUUUCUCCAUAGACUCUAAACAAAAGGUACAUAUUGUCUGUUAUCUAGUUUGUAACUGUCAUGUGUCCUUUGUAUAGAAAAUUAUUUUUAUUGGUGCUAAGAGAAAUUAAAACUCAUCUUGAAGCUUUCCUGUCAGGUCGUGGUCAUCCUGCUGUGGUCAAAAUUUGAUAUUACAACAACAAACGCUAAGUUUGUGCAGAUAAAAAAAUUAUUAAAACUUAAUAAUAUGCUCCUGGAAAAAAAUGUUUCACCUGUUUUCAAAGAUAAAACACUUCCGGACCAAACUCUUGAUCUUCCUAAGCACAAUUUUUAAAAAUCCUUUAUUCUACUGUAAAACUGUUCUUACUGUAUUUUUGAACUUCAAGAAAACCUUUAGUCUUAAUCCAGUUAACCCGUAAACUCCUUUUCUUCUUUAAGCUAAAUUGUCCCAAUCACAGCAUUACUGCCCUUUAAAAUAUUCUCUAUUAACAAACCUUUUUAUUUCUAUCUUUACAUUUACUUCUCUUCAAGCUUUAAGAUGAAGAUCCUGCCAACAAGAUUAGCACAAGUAUGUUAGAUAUCCUUAUAUUCUACCUUAAAAAGCCAUAAUUUGUGUUCUGAAGUCAUGGAAAACCUUUAUUCUUACCUUAUUCUUUAGCUUUACAUUAAAAAUAAGCACAAGCACAUGUAUGCAUAAAUAUAUUUGCACAAGAUACACUAACUCAUGCACCAAAGACACCAAUCAAUCAAUCAGUCAAUCAAUCAGAUGUUCUGGAGUUGUUGAUUGAAAAAAUCAAUUCAUUGUGUGUCUUUCAACAUCUUUAUAGAACUUAAAGGUGCUACAUUUGUCAUU